AUGUCAGUGCCAAAAGCAGUAACCCCGAGCUACACUCGGGCUUACCAUGCGGCGCUGCAUAGGGAGUCCCUGCAGAGCUUACCUUGUCCUUUGCUCCCGCGAUGUGUCCCCUGCAGCGUCCCCGGCCAUCUCCUCCGGCCGAUGCCGGCAUCCGGCUUCUGUGUUCCAGUCCCUGUGACGUCGGGACGUACGGGCGCCGCCGGUGGCGGGAAAUUUGAAAAUUAAAACAUUGCUGUUUCAACCCAUUUCACAUACAUAUUGUCCCGAGUGCUUUAUCCUGUGCCCCGCCUGCAUUUUGUCUGUUCUUUCUG